ACUAAUGCUCUCCACAGAUAUCUUUAUAGACUUAAAAUAUCUUAUUCAUGUUACACAUAUUCAUGUUCAUGUUCAAUUUACAGAUACAGUUUCAAUUUCAGUUCCGUUAUUUCAUGUGCCAUACUUAUUUCAUUCAGUUGUUUUACAUACCAGUACAAUCUGAAUGUACUGAUGUCCCCUUUUAUUUGCCUGGGGCCUGCAUUUCACGAUACAGAUUUACAGGACGACGAUUCAACUCGUUAGGACUUUGCAUGUAUCAGCUAUUGUAUAUUCCGCAUCAGUACAUGCCCCAUGUUGAUUCAGCAAGCCAUGUGGUUCGCUCGGUCGCAUGCAGCAAGGCACCGAGUGCCGUGUUACACCCAGACCAUGGUUAAGGGCGUGACAGAUGCUUAGGUGGCACUACAAAAAAAAAAAAAGAUAAUUUGCGAAGGUUGAAAGUUGCAAUUCACGGAGGUUUUAGCCUCCGCUAGUUGCUAUAAGAGGCUAAAACCUCCGCGAAUUGCAACUUUCAACCUCCAUAAAUUGCCCAUUUUUUGGUAGUGUAUGACACACCACAAAAAUGGAGCGAUUUACUGAAAGUUGUGCGUGCUUACAUCAUCCCUACAAUGCUUGAGCUUAAACAGGACUAUAUGAAAGACUUCUUGGAAUUUGAUGAUAAGGUUAAGGAUCCAAUCAUAGAUAAAUUGAAGCAUGAAUUGGAAGGUGUGACCGUAUUGGUUACACCAAAGAAUGGCUCGAAGGCUCCUAGUAGGUUGGAAAAGGAUCCCAAGAAUAAUUCUGAUGAGGAGGAUACUCAGUAUGCCUCAAAGCCUCGUAGUAGAUGUGGAAGGGAGCCCGAGAAGCUCUCAUUUGAUGGGGAAGAUAUGCAUUCAGAAGAUUUAGGUGGCAAUGUUGCUUGGGACGUCUAAGGGUCGUGUCGCACCAAGUGGGGGCCCAUCAGAGCAGAUAGAGCAGGUGGAACUGCAGCAGCGUGUGGAUAAAAUGGAGGAGUCUCUGAAUGUUCUUUUCGCUUAUGUGGAGGCGGAAAAAUUUAGAAGGAGCGUGAAGGCGAAGAAGAAGCAAGAGAAUCCCAAAGAGAAAGUGCAAGCACAUAUGGAACGAUCUACUAUCAACAAAGUGAAUGUAGGUGUUGAGCGAACUGCUGAGGUCCCUAGACCAGCUGCUGAGGUUAAGCAGGUUGAUAUCCCUAGACCAACUAUUGUUAUUGAGAAGGUUGAGGUCCCUAGACCAGUUUCUAAAGUUGAGAAACUUGAGAAGGUUGAGCUCCCUAUGCCAACUACUCAAGCUGAGAUGGCAGCAGAUGUUCCUGCGCCAACUGCUGAAGUUGAAAAGGCAAAAGUUGUCCCUACUCAUGUUAAUGAGAAGGAUGCUAGUGAGCCGAAUCAAGCUGAUGUUGAGUUUGACUCUAAAAAAUUUGUGUCGGGCGUCCUCGCCCAGAUUAAUUGUUCUUUGGACAAGUGAAUUGGUAUUUGGAUUGUAAAAAAUAAGUAUUUUUGGUUGGAUGUGUGGUGGAGAAUGAUAAACAAUCACUACUACUGCUUAAUAUGACUGUUUGGGUGUUUUGAUCACUACUAAUGCUUAAUAUGACUAUUGUGUA